GUGAUCUAGGUAGCAAGUAGUCCGUGGGAACGGGCGAUCUCUCGCGCGGAGCGCGGAGGUUGGCUGAAUUCUCGCAGAGUUGUAUUUUCGUUAUCGGGUAGCCAGUCGCACGCAUCGUACAGACACUGGUCGCCAGCGCGCCGGAUUACCGCCGACGGAUUCGACGAGUGAUGAGAAGCUCGCGCCGCAGUUAAGAAAGGCCGCGCCAGCUCCACGUGUGACUUCGUCCGUCGCGCACGGUGCGCGUUCGCCCGUUGUACUUUAGGGGGGAAAAAAAAUACGGCGCCUCGCAGAAAUACGAGAUCAUGGCGGUGCCCAACAGCGGUGUAGUCAUGCCCCGAAAUUUUCGUCUCCUGGAAGAGCUGGAACAGGGCCAGAAAGGUGUGGGUGAUGGCACGAUCAGUUGGGGUCUAGAGAAUGACGAUGAUAUGACCCUCACGCAUUGGACUGGUAUGAUUAUUGGACCACCUAGGACACCGUAUGAAAAUAGGAUGUAUAGUUUGAAAAUUGACUGUGGUCAAAGAUAUCCAGACGAUGCCCCUAAUGUAAGAUUUUUAAGCAGAAUCAAUAUGAACUGCAUUAACAGUGCCACUGGAGCUGUGGAUAAUCGCAGUGUCCCGGUUCUUGCGAAAUGGCAACGAGAAUACACAAUUAAAACGGUUCUUCAGGAACUUCGUCGUUUGAUGACAUUGAAGGAAAAUAUGAAACUGUCUCAGCCUCCGGAGGGCAGCACUUUUUAGCCUAACAUAUGAACAGAGAUAUCUUCCUUUUUGCAAUAGCAUGAGGUGAAAUUUAAUAAAGGUACCAAAUAUUAAAAGGGUGCCCGCUGAAGAUAUAUGUUUAAAAAGAAACAAAAAAAACGAAAAAACAGCUUUGUGAAAGAAAGGAAGUAAUAGCUUGGAAAGUUGAAUGAGUGUACCGAAUUUAUGUAUAGAUUAGAUAGAAGAAAUUGAUGAAAUGUUUUGUCAAAGCACAGCUGGUUCUUCGUCGGAAUUUUUCACUAAAAAUGUAGUAUUCCUCCGAAAACCCCGAUUAUUUCGUUGCAUAUACUAUCAUGUUUACGCACGAAAGUAAUUCAACUCGGAUAUAAAUUGAUUCGAGGAAACUCUUGCUCCAGCUUUUCAAGCUAGUACAAUGUAAAGCGGAAAAAAACUAAUAUUUUCAACCUUAAAACUGAAGACACAGACUGUGUAAUAAAAAUGAAUAAUCAGUAAGAGUAACUUAUGCCGUUGAAGUUUUUUAAAUGAGAGAAGAGUACGCCUGUUAGUGCGAACCGUUUUAAGACUUCUUUCUUUGUUUGCGUGCCAUUUCAUAUCUUGCAGAAAUGUGUCUCUCAAUAUUGUAAAAAAUUAGAAAUUUCGAAUCAUAAAUCUGUACAUUCAUUUUAUUUUUCUGUGCCGCAUACUGUUCGAAUUAGUGAUUCACAGUAAACAAUGUACGUGUGUUUGAAAAAUUUAUUUCCUUAAAACGGCCUCUUUCUCUCUAUCUUUCAUGCUAAACGAAUUGCGUUCUGUAAUUGAAGCAUGUAUAAAUGAUAAUUUAAUUUGUAAUCUCAUAUAUGACGAACGAUAUAAUGCUGCAUGGCAAAGUACAUCAAUAUAUGAAGCAUCAUGUAAAUGAGAUCUUUUAAUCAAUAUUACAUAUUUGGAUAUAUUGGAAGUAUACUAAUUAUCCAUAUACAUUUGAUUAUUUCUACUAAAAUACAAGAUUAUUGGAUAAUGCUUACUGUUUAAUCCAGGGGCUUCAUGAUUGAUGUAUUAUGUGAAUAUUACUUUUGUUAUAAUUAAUUGAAAUCGUAUCUAAUUCUUAACACAUUAUAAAGAACACAGUGAAGCUGCGAAUCAAUUGUUAUAAACCUUAUCCCAUUCUUUAGUGCAAUUACAACUGUAAUUACAUGGAUUAUAUUAUUACUGAAAGUCGAAUUAUACGCAGUCUUGGAUGGUGAUAUAUAAUAUGUCCCAGGAAGAAAAUAAUUAUGUUAGUACAAUGUCCUUUCAAGAUUUGUAUAAAGUAAAAAAAAAUGCGUUCCACCAAAGUAGAUUUUGAAAUAUCUUCACAUUUGUGUGAUGUAAAAAUGUUCUGAUUAUUCAAAUGAAAAAAAUAUACAUACUUCUUUGUCCGCUUUGCAUUUCAGUAUUACACUAUCGAUAAUAUAAUAGUGUAAUUUAAAUCAUCCUAUUAAAAAAGUAACAAGUUAUAGCUCCAUGUGGACGAAAACAAGCUUAAGGAGAAUAAAGUGAUUUCCUUAAAACU